CAAUGGUCUAACAGCAAUUCACCUGUCCUUAAGCCUGAUUAUUCUGCUAUCACAAAGGUAUUGCAACUGGAUUCGUCUAAUGCCUUUGCCCAAGCCCUUAGAUUCUGUGAUCCUAUGCUUACGUAACGUAAUAGGUGCUUUCUGUGUUAAGGGCGAAAGCAGGGAGAAGGUGAGGAAAUUGGACGGGAAUAAAUGAGCGUUGGACGACAAGGACAGCAUAGAGAGAUCACAAACAAGGUAGGGGAGACAGCAGGGCGUGAAACAGCUGCAAAAACAAAUCAGUAUGCAAGGCCAACCCCAACAUACCCUGUCGGCGCAACAACAGCAGCAACUACGAUUGUUAUCACUGCUACAGCAGCAGCAACAGCAGCAGGAAAGCCAGAACAGCACGAACAGCAAUAACAAUAGCGGUAAUAGUAGUGGGAACUCCAACCAGGUUCAGAAAGGGAACACGCCUGCAAAUCAGCAGAUACCACUGUCGAUGUUGCUUUCUCCACAGCUCCAAAAUAGAAGUUUGCAGCAACAAGCUCUGGCGGCUCUCCAACAAUCAACCCAACAGGCGGCGCAGUCUCAGCAGUCUCAAGCCCAGCCCCAAUCACAAGCACAAGCACAAUCGCAAUUACAAGCACAGGCCCAAUCCCAGGCUCAACCUUCGAACUUACAACAUUCGCAGCAACUUUUUCAACAGCUCCAACUCCAACAACAAGAGCUCUUGACCGCCAGAAGAUUGCAAGCUCAGGGCCAAGUUCCCGGCCAGAAUCAAAACUCUGUUGUUGGUGCGGCACAGAAUGUGAAUCAACCGGCUUUGACUCCUAAUACAAAUCCUAAUCUCAAUCUCAACUCGGUUGACCCUAAUGUAACUAACCAAGCUCAGAAAAUCUUGUCAUUACCACAACUACAACAAUUCCAACAGCAGCAACAACAAGCAAAUACAUCCACUCCACCGAGCCUAUCACAGCAAGAGGACUCUAACUCUCUUCAGUUAUUACAGAGAUAUCAGUAUCAAAUGAUGGUCAGAGAAGUUUGGAAAGACAAUCUGGAAAGUGAGCUUGUUGUUAUUAGACAGCUUGCAGAGAGAUAUAACCAUAUUUUCCUAUCAACUGAAUUUGCAGGAAUAAUUGCUAGACCAAUAGGAUCAUUCAGAUCAACAAAAGAUUACCACUAUCAAACUAUGAGAUCCAAUGCAGACCUACUAAAUUUGAUACAAAUUGGUAUCACCUUGUGUGAUAAAGAUGGUAAGAGACCGGAGGAUGUUCCUUCAACAUGGCAGUUCAAUUUUACUUUCGACCUCGAGAAAGAAAUGUUCAACAAAGAAUCUAUUGAACUGCUAACAAACACAGGUGUGAAUUUUGACAAACUGAAAAAGAGUGGAAUUGACAGGUUUGAGUUUGCACAAUCCUUAAUCGACAGUGGAUUAUGUCUUUUGGAUAAUGUCACAUGGGUUAGUUUCCACGCAGGCUACGAUUUUGGGUUUUUGAUCUCUCUGAUGAUCAAUAAAGAGAUGUCGUCAAGUGAAACUGAGUUCGACAAUAUCAUGGUAAAAUACUUCUCUAACUUUUAUGACAUCAAACUAAUCUCAAGCUUGAACUCCAUUGGAAGUUAUAAAAAUGGCGUUACAUUAGAAAGUUUGGGUGAUGAUUUAGGGUUUAAUAGAUUACUUAAUAUGAGCAACUUGACUCAAGUUGGAGGCCAGUCGUUACUAACUUACCUUUGCUUUUGGGAACUAAAGAGAUUAAGCAAUCUUGCCGAAUUUGAGGAAUUGAAGAACCAAAUAUUCGGUUUGAAUGAUGAUGGUACUUUCAAGAAGCAUGCGCUUUCAAAUAAUCUGGUCGGUGCAGCAACAGCCAACCAAUCCUCAUCAUUAGAUGGCCAAGGCCAAGCAAUUACGAUGGAUGGCGAAUUGAAUCAUGAUUCCACCCAAUCACAACAACAGCCAGGUCAACCGAUGUUACAGCCUUUACAACUGCUGUUCCAACAACAACAGCAACACAAUUCUACAAAUACUCCUACCUCCACUGCCACUGUUAAUACAACUACAAGCAAUGGAAAUCAAGCUACUGAAUCGACGUCUAAUGCAAACGUGAACCAGGUACCACAUCUUCAAGCCCAGCACCUACUUUCGAGAAAUAGCAAUUCACAGGCAUCACAGAAUCAAGGUCAAAAUGACCUCCAAAGGCAGGCCGCCAAACAGGGUCAACUUCCAAGUGCAAAUACAGGAGUCAAUCCAAACCAGCAGUACUUUUCUAAUAUGAACAACAUGAAUGUGAAUAACAUCAACAAUAUGAACAAUCUGAAUAAUAUCAAUAUGAGUAAUAUGGCUGGUGGGGGCAUGAAUAUGAAUGGAAUCAAUUCCAAUGGCAUCAACGGUCCUAACAAUAUCAAUAGUGGGAUCAAUGGGAUGCACAUAAAUGGCAUGAACAUGGCUAACAUGAGCGGCAUGAAUGGAAUGAACGGUAUGAGCGGUAUUAAUGGUAUUAAUGGUAUGAACGGCAUCAAUAAUGUGAAUGGCAUGAACAACAUGAACAACAUGAGUAACAUGAACAGCAUGAACAAUAUGAAUACUAUGAAUACCUUGAAUGCUUUGAACGGGAUGAACGGGAUGAACAACAUGAAUAACAUGAACAACAUGAGCAACAUGAACAACAUGAACAACAUGAACAACAUGAACAACAUGAACAACAUGGACAACAUGAGCAACAUGAGCGGCAUCAACAGCAUGAAUGGUAUGAACAACAUGAACGGCAUGAACAAUAUGAACAAUAUGAACAUGAACGGCAUGAACAACCUCAAUAAUAUGAACAUGAACAUUGCUGGCGUGAAUGGCAUGAACAACAUGGGAAGCAUGAACAACAUGAACAACAUGAACAACAUGUCGAACAUGAAUAACAUGAAUAGCAUGGUCAAUGUCCAAAAUGGCAUCACUGGGGCCAAUAAUGGUCAACCUGGCGGUCUCAACGGAGACGCCAAAAGCAUGGUUUCUCCUAGAAUGAUGUUUGUGAACCGUUGAAACCUCCCCUUUUUAUUUUAGACUCGUGUAUAACUGAUCCACCUUUGUGGCAAUCACAUUUUCACCUUGUAACCUUUGUCACCUUGUAACCUUCUUCACUUUGAUCUGGUUCAUUCUUGUUCUGCCACCCCGCUGCCCGUGCCAGC